AUGCAUUUCUCCAAGGCAAUCGUCCCGCUCGCCCUUCUCACUCUAUCCUCCGCCCGGCCUACAGAUGACCCAUUAGGAGAUCUUGUCGGCGGCAUCCUCACAGCCGGCGACGGCCCCGAGUCCUCAUACAGCGUCAAUCCCACAGUCGUGCAGACCGGAGCUUCAAUCGCGGCAAGCGGCAUUCCAACCGGUGUUUCUGGUCCCGUUUCUGCCUCCGUCUCUGAAUCGUCUACUUCGGCCGCCGCGACUGCAGAUACAACCUCUAUCCCGACGAAUAUCUUGACAGCCCCGGAUACGGAUCCCACUAAUAUCGGAUCAAUGUCGACGGUCGUUGAGACGGCCACGCUUCAUCAGUCGCAGGGAGCUUCGACAGCCUUGUCUGGCGUUGCGACCCCAUCGCCGACGGAUGAUCCUGAGGAUGCUGCGAAUGUGCUUGGCAGUCCUAUCUCGAUGUUAGGAAUGUUGCUGGUCCCUUUGCUUGCGCAAUAUUUCUAG